UGGGAGGCUCCAGCGCCGGCCUGGCCAGCAAAAAGAAGGGAAUUGUUUGAGAGUUCAGUCAUCCAAAAACCCUGCGCCUUUCUCCAUGGAGGCUCCUGGGGCUGCUUCUAGCCCGGCGCCUCUCUUGUGCCUCUUCCGCUGAGCCAACCUCGCCAAGGCCACAUUUGAAAACCAUUCCCCUUCUUUUGCAGCCAGAUAGAUUUUCAACUCCCGUCUCUUGACUUUUGGUACUAUUGCAGUGACAGGAAGCUUCUGCUUAUUUUUCCUGUAGAAAUUGUUGCUCAAAAAGAGUGUUCUACAAAGUUGAAUUUCCACCCUGAAGUCCUUGGGGCAUCCUAUGGGAACCCAACUUGGUAUCUUUUGCUCCAGAUUCCUCUGCAUGGGAUUAUCAUGAUACCAGGGGAAAAGGGACCAAUGACUGCUAUUGCCUAUUUGCUCUUGGCAUCUGUGAGCUGCAUUGCAAAUUUGGGUGAAUCUCUUCAGGUCACUAUUCAGCCUGCUUCUAUUGUCCAGAAGUAUGGUGGCUUGGUGACCCUGCAAUGUGUGGUUGAACCUUUGAAAGUAAAUGUUACCUGGAGACUGAAUGGAAAGGAGGUGCUUCAAUUGGAUGAUGUUCUGGGGAUCCAUGUUGAACAGAGACUUCUCACCAUCACUGCCUUGAACAACCGUACAGUGGGACGAUAUCAGUGCAUAGCCCAUGUGCCUGAAGGUGUUGUUGCCAGUAUCCCAGCUAUGGUGACAUUAGCCAAUCUCAAAGACUUCAAAUAUGAUGGCCAACACGUGAUAGAAGUUGAUGAAGGAAAUACAGCAGUUAUUGCAUGCGACCUUCCUGAAAGCCACCCAAAAGCCCAAGUUCGCUACAGUGUGAAACAAGAAUGGCUGGAAUCCUCCAGAGACAACUACUUAAUCAUGCCAUCAGGAAAUCUCCAGAUAGUAAAUGCAAGCCAGAAUGAUGAAGGAACAUACAAAUGUGCAGCUUACAAUCCUGUCACAGAGGAAGUAAAAACAUCUGUAUCAAGUGAGAGACUCCGUGUGAGACGCUCAACUGCUGAGGCAGCCCGCAUAAUUUAUCCCCCAGAAGCACAGACCAUCAUUGUCACCAAGGGCCAAAACCUCAUUCUUGAAUGCGUGGCUAGUGGAAUUCCUCCUCCACGAGUCACAUGGGCCAAGGAUGGUUCUGGUGUCUCUGGCUACAACAAGACUCGGUUCCUUCUCAGCAAUCUUCUCAUUGAUACAAUCAGUGAGGAAGAUUCAGGGACCUACAGCUGUAUGGCUGACAACGGAGUGGGUGAGGCUGCAGCAGCCGUCAUGCUUUACAACGUACAAGUGUUUGAACCACCUGAGGUUAGCAUGGAAUUAUCCCAGCAGAUCAUCAUGUGGGGUCAAAAUGCAAAAUUCACUUGCAAGGUUCGAGGGAACCCGCAACCAUCCGUUGUGUGGCUGCGCAAUGCAGUUCCUCUCUUCUCCAGCCACCGAAUGCAGCUGAGUCGCAGAGCCUUAAGGGUCUCUAGUGUGGGGCCUGAGGAUGAAGGGAUAUACCAGUGCAUGGCAGAGAAUGAAGUGGGAAGCGCGCAGGCCAUGGUCCAAAUGAGAACUGCUCAGCCUCAAACAACUCCGGAGCCACAGCACGUCUCAGUGGCGCACUUUGUUCACUCCGUCAUGUCACCUACUAGGCUUAGCAACAGUGAAAAAGUGCUAAAAGACAAGGCUGUCCCCCUAAAACCCAGGCCCACGACACCCGUGUCCUCCCAGUGCCCCACCCAGGAUCAGGUGUCUCCAGCAGAGGCCCCGGUCAUCCUUAGCUCUCCCCGGACAACCAAAACAGAUUCAUAUGAAUUGUUGUGGAAACCACGGCAUGACAGCAGAGCCCCUGUCCUCUACUAUAUUGUGAAACACCGCAAGGUAAUGAAUUCAUCCGACAGCUGGACAGUCCAGGAUGUUCCUGCCAACCAGCAUUAUCUUACUCUGACAAAACUGGAUCCAGGAAGUUUGUAUGAGGUAGAGAUGGCUGCUUACAACUGUGCUGGAGAAGGCCAGACAGCCAUGGUUACUUUCAGAACAGGACGACGGCCAAAACCAGAUAUUGUUCCCAGUAAAGACCAGCAUAUUCAGAGGGAUGACCCAGGCAUUAGUUCUCGGAGCAGCAACCAGUCGGAUAACACUCGACUCUCUCCCCCAGAGGCUCCAGAUAGGCCCACCAUCUCCAUGGCAUCUGAGACCUCUGUUUAUGUCACAUGGAUCCCACGUGGGAAUGGAGGCUUUCCCAUUCAGUCAUUUCGGGUGGAAUACAAGAAACUGAAGAAGCUUGGGGACUGGGUGUUAGCUACAAGCGACAUUCCCCCUUCUCGCCUCUCUGUAGAAAUUACAGGGCUUGAGAAAGGCGUUUCCUAUAAGUUCCGGGUACGAGCUCUGAACAUCCUGGGGGAGAGCGAGCCGAGCACUGCGUCGAAGCCCCAUGUGGUUUCAGGCUACAGCAACCGGGUCUAUGAGCGCCCUGUGGCCGGGCCAUACAUCACCUUCACAGAUGCCAUCAAUGAGACCACCAUCAUGUUGAAGUGGAUGUAUGUCCCAGCCAGCAAUAACAAUACACCAAUUCAUGGUUUCUACAUCUAUUACCGACCAACAGACAGUGAUAAUGACAGUGAUUAUAAGAAAGAAGAGGUAGAAGGUGACCGAUACUGGCAUUCUAUCAGCCACCUGCAGCCAGAAACUUCCUAUGACAUUAAAAUGCAGUGCUUCAACAAAGGCGGAGAGAGUGAGUUCAGCAAUGUGAUGAUCUGCGAAACCAAAGCUCGCAAAUCUGCAGGGCUGCCUGGCCGCCUCCCACCACCCACGGUGUCUGCGAUACAGCAUCAUCCGCCACCAAACAGUGGCCACAAUGGCCUUGGGGCAGGUGCCAUGGUGGCCCGUUCAAGCGACCUGCCCUACUUGAUCGUAGGGGUGGUGCUGGGCUCCAUUGUCCUCAUCAUUGUGGCUUUCAUACCGUUUUGCCUUUGGAGGGCUUGGUCUAAGCAAAAACAGACCAUAGACCUGGGGUUUCCUGGAGCUGGGCUGCUGGUGCCGUCUUGCCAGUACACCAUGGUGCCCCUGCGAGGGAUCUCAGUGCCUCGAGCAAAUGGGCUGCGCUGUGCAAAUGGGGUUCCCCUCCCUGCGCACCAGGGUGCCAAUGGCCAUUUCUCUGCAACCUCAGUUGGGUAUCCUAAUGCAAAGUCACAUGAUUACAGCCCAGAUGAAGUUCAGCAGAAUGAGACCAAUGCUUUUCUGCAAGGAAGAGGGCUGCAAAAUGGAGAUAUUCCAGCUGAACACCAAAGGUCACCCAGUCCUGGACCAGACAGCCCUUCUUUUCUGUAUAGGCUUCCAGAUGACUCCACACACCAGCUGCUUCAACAAAGUAACAACUACCAUCACCAUCAUCGUUGCGAACAAUUCAUUGGCCUGUGUAACUCCCUACCACAAAGGAAGGACAACUCCUCUAUGGAAGAUGUAAAGAAUCCUGUUUUCCAUACAGAUGCUACCUGCUGUCCUGGUUUAGUACCAGUUGAAGAUGUAGAGCGGACAGACUUUUGCCAGGAUAGAAGAGAAGUGUGGCCUAAAAACCCAACCAACACAGAAUUGGGGGAGAGAAGCCCAGAGAAGCACCUGAGCAACCAUCCGCUGCACGUUCCUUUAGAUGUUUUUCCUAGCACCAGCUAGGGAACAAACUACCUUACAAAGACUAUUCUAAAACAGAGAAAUUGUUAUUUAUUUUUGUAUUACAUCUCUAUUUAUAUAUUUAUGUACUUGUAAAUAGAUGUAUAUGUGCCUUCUAUAAUUACGUGGAGAGAAGUGGCAUCGUGUGGGAAGGUUCAAGAGAGAAUGAAUCAAAGCUGGAACAAUAGCAUCUGCCUUCAUCAGACUGCAGAAAAGGCAGCCUUCUGGUUUCCACCUCAGAAGCGGAUUAAAGAAGCACAAGGCCAAAGGGCUCAUUUUCCAGCAGCAAUAAAGUAAAUCAAAUAACGAUAUUAUAGAAAAGAGUUAUUUCUUACCUCCCUGUAGGAGGAAUCCUCACUGCAGAAUGCUGAAUGAAACAGAUAUAAAGUACAUACAAUACUUAUCUGCAUAAACAAGCAAUAUAUGCAUACAUACAUAGUGUGCCUGUAAUAAAACAAAUGCCAUGCUUCAUCAAGUAAAUAAAGAAUGCUUCUUCCCCUUGA